AGCAAAGUGGAGAACUUAUAUGUUCAGUCAUUUCCCUGGCAGCUAUAUUUGCUUUAGUACAUACAAGCGAAGCAACUUGUGCAAACAAGGCUGUCUAUGAUGAAUGUAAUACUAUAGGACAAAACCAACUAACAGCUUGCUAUGCUAAACCUAAUGAUUUCGCCUGUCAAUGUACCGCGAUGAAAGCCAUUCGCGAUUGCUAUCGUCAAUGUCCUGAUGAUACAGACAUCACUAGCCAAGGAAAUUCCUAUCAGACAGCUGUAGAUCAAGUGUGUGGUUAUGCAAAUCCACAGACAGCUCCCGCUCCGGCCCAACCAACUAUAGCACCAGCUGGUCCAGUGAAUCCAACAACUCCAGUGAAUCCAACAACUCCAACGAAUCCCUCCGCUCCAAAUGGACCAUCACCUAACCAGCCUACACAAUCUGGUUCACAAUCUAGUACACAAUCUG